UUUAUAAUAAUAUAUUUGAGUUCUUCUUUCUCUAUUUUAUUAUAAACAGAAAUGGGUCUUAUGCAAUCAAGCCAUAACAUCACACUCCGGAUUCGAACCGGUGACCAGAAAGGAGCAGCAACCGAUGCAAACGUUUAUGUUAUAUUAUACGAUACUUCGGAUAACACCAGUGAGAAGAUCCUUGUGGACAACUUCUGGAAAAAUGAUUUCAAAAUAGGGGCCCUCGACACUUUUAAUAUUCAACUCCCGGAAUCGUUCACAGAAGUGAAAAAAAUUGAACUUUGGACCGAACAGUCUUCUGUCGAAUUAACAUCCUCAACUUGGUUCAUACAAACAGUGGAAUUGGUCCGUGGGCUUACUAGAAAGAGCGUAACGUUUCCUGUUUUCCGUUGGAUAAGGCCAUCCGUCCAUUAUUCUCUUUAUCCUUGGGAUACAUUCUUACCACAGAAUGAUCCGGAUAAGGAGCAACGAGAAAACGAAAUCAAGUACAAACGUGAGAUAUAUAAGUUAAAAUAUCAAGAAGGAUCUCCAGCCACGUUGGAAAGUUUGCCGGGUGAUGAAGAAUUCUCGUAUGAAUAUCAGAGGCACCUAUUAAUGACCAAGUGGGAAGGGAUUCUGAAGAAUUGGUUCACUGGAAUCACAACUGAUUCCUGGAAGAAGCUGGAUGACCUGACUAACAUUUACUACAAAGAAUGCAUAACGAAACCAAAGGUUUGUUCAUAUUGGAAGGAAGACACGUGGUUUGGCUAUCAACGACUUAACGGUUGUAACCCCAAAUCAAUAAAGUUAUGUGAAGAAAUCCCUUCAAAACUUGGAGUGGAUGAGGAGAUGAUGAAACCGAUUCUGAAAGGAGAAACAUUGGAAGGAUUAAUCCAAGAGAAACGACUGUUUUACGCAGACUUAGAAAUUUUGGAAGGCAUUGGUCACAAAGAAGGAUUUGACGUAUGUGCUCCCAUAGCUUUAUUUAUGCUAAAUUCGGAAAACAAUUUGGUACCAAUUGCAAUACAGUUGCAACAACAGAAGGGAGCAGAUAAUCCUGUCUUCCUUCCUACUGAUGACUGGGGCGUUUGGACUCUUGCAAAGAUGUGGUUUAACCUGGCUGAUUCCAGCUACCAUCAAUCUGUUGUGCACCUAGGUUUAACUCAUUUACUGAUGGAAGUGGUUGUUCUUGCUCAGCACAGGAAUAUGUCUGUGUCACAUCCAGUCUACAAGCUUUUGGCUCCUCACACACUUUUCCUUUUGGCCAUCAACAAACUUGCAUUCGAAAGACUUGCAUCACCCGGAGGUUGGAUCGAUAAAACAAUGACAAUUCAAUCAGGUGGACUGGUUGAGCUGUUUCAUAAAGGCUUGCAACGAUGGGACUUUUAUCGAGAUGGAAUUCCUGCUAAUGAUUUCGCAAACCGAAAAGUUGACGACCCGAAAGUUUUGCCCAACUACUAUUUCAGAGAUGAUUCGCUUGCAUUGUACAACUCAAUAUAUAAGUAUGUAUCCAGCUAUAUAGAUAUCUACUAUGUUAAUGAAAACGAUAUUAGUGAUGACUGGGAGAUACAAGAUUGGAUAAAAAGUAUGGCCGUAUCACACGAAGAUGGUGGCUUACAGGGUUUACCAAUGAAAGAUGGUAUUGGUCACGUGUCUUCAAAGGAAGAAUUAAAAUGGAUUCUAGCCGUAAUUAUCUUCACCUGUAGUGUGACACACGCCGCUGUCAACUUCCUGCAAUAUGAAGAAUAUGGUUUCCCUGCAAACUAUCCAUCGAUGCUAAGGACACCGCUGUUAAAAGACAAAGAACCUAAAACAGAGAAAGACAUCAUUGAUGCUCUGCCUGAAAAGGACCAAAUCCUCGAUGUGUUAUCAGUGACACAUUUGCUAAGUUCAAAAGGAACGAAUUCUUUGGGAUAUUUCGAAACGCGCUACAUCUAUGAUCCAAAAGCUCUUGGUUGUAUUACAAACUUCCAAUCAGACCUGAAAAAAAUUGGGGAAGAAAUCAGAAAAAGAAAUAAAACAUUACAUAUACCUUACGAAGUUUUGGACCCUGUGAACGUUCCUAAUGCCAUCAGUAUUUGAAUAUAUAUAAUAUAUAUAUAUAUAUAUAUACUC